AUGAUGAACGCUGCAGACGUCGAACUCCCCGAGGAGUUUACCGCCUUCGAUGGCGGGGCCAACACGGCUUUCUCUUCACCUGCUGUCCCCUCUGUCUUUGACUUUGGCGGCAGCUCUUCCAGCUCUAUUGGCAAUCUGGCGACUAUCUCGCCCCAAGAUCUUUUUGCUCAUGACAACUUCAUGUCUGCACCUAACUCGUCCGCACUGACGGCCUUGACUUCACCAUCUAUCUACAACGAGUCCCCUGAGUUCGAUGGAUACGAUGUGUCGCCAAACUUUGGCAGUGCCGAUUUCGAUGGUGCUGCAGACCCUUGGUUUCCCUUGUUCCCCCAGGACAGCAACGUUGCUCCUGCUCAACCCAACAGUGUUGAGAACUCACCAGAGCUUAAGUCUGAUGAAGUCGAUUCAGACAGCCAGUCUCCUGCUCCCAGUCGCCGUAAGUCGGGUACAUCUCCUUCCACCCGCCACUCGUCUGUGGCCGGUGUAAAUGCCCGCAAGCGUGAUAAGCCCCUGCCCCCUAUCGUCAUCGAUGACCCUAGCGAUAUCGUCGCCAUGAAGCGUGCUCGCAACACUCUUGCAGCACGAAAGUCUCGAGAGCGAAAGGCUGCUAAGUUGGAAGAACUUGAGGAUAAGAUUGCUAAGCUGGAAGCUGAGCGCGAUCACUGGAAGAGGAUCGCUCUUGCGCAAACCGGCAUGCAAUAA